GGGUGUCUGAGAGGGAGACAUCGAGCGGCACGCCUGUGUUUGUGCUUGUGAAAGAAAGAAAUCGGAACAAGUGUUUUGUCAUUCCGUCCACAUUUCAGUCUGCUGUCGGCAGACAGCUGUGCCGUGUCAACAGAGGUGGGCGGGUGUCUCGUAGGUGAUGCUACUGCAGGAUUGAGUUCAAAUGAAAGCUGAGCAUCUCCAACACUCUGCCGCUGCUUUGUGAGGUACAAAUGAAAAAGGCUUCCGUCACUUGCUGAAAGACAGCAUCGUGGUCAUUGUUGCAUCUCUGGUCUCCUCCUCCCUUUCUCCUCCCUUCAUUCUCCUCUCAAUCCGUCCAACCCCCCACUUCUCUCUACUCACGCACCCCGACUUGCGCAUCGCCUCCUCCGGCAAUAAUGACCAAGGAUUCCCCGGAGGAGGAGACCCGAGCUCCGGGCGGUGUCGGCGUCGGAGGAGGAGGAGGAGGAGGAGUGGGCGCGGGGAGAGGAGCAUCCAGAAGGAACCGAGCGGACGACAAUGUCACCAUCCUGACAUCCUCCAUGGAUUUCUACCCAGCCGGCCGGAGUCGAGCCAGCAGCAGCAGCGACGCCGCCCCGAGCCUCACCUCCUCCCUGGACACGAGCAUCCAGACGCGGAUCUUUAAGAUCAUCGUCAUCGGGGACUCCAACGUGGGGAAGACGUGCCUCACCUUCCGCUUCACGGGGGGCAGCUUCCCCGACAAGACCGAGGCCACGAUCGGCGUGGACUUCAGGGAGAAGGCGGUGGAGAUCGAAGGGGAGACCAUCAAGGUGCAGGUGUGGGACACGGCAGGUCAGGAACGCUUUCGCAAAUCCAUGGUGGAACACUAUUACCGCAACGUCCACGCCGUGGUGUUUGUUUAUGACGUAACCAAAAUGGCUUCCUUCCGCAACCUGCAGACAUGGAUAGAGGAGUGCAAUGGCCAUCGGGUGUCAGCGUCAGUGCCUCGAGUUCUGGUGGGAAAUAAAUGCGACCUGGUGGAUCAAAUCCAGGUUCCCUCUAACAUGGCAUUGAAGUUCGCGGACUCCCACAACAUGCUGCUGUUCGAGACAUCGGCGAAGGACCCAAAGGAGAGUCAGAAUGUCGACUCCAUCUUCAUGUCGCUGGCCUGCCGCCUGAAGGCCCAGAAGUCCCUGCUCUACAGGGACGUGGAGCGGGAAGACGGGAGAGUGAGACUCACACAGGAGACGGAAGCAAAGACUAACUGUCCGUGUUGAGAAAGAAGAGGACAGGGAGGCAUUUCUGGGGAGGAGAAGAGAGGAGUUACUUAUAUAAAGGAGGAGGAAUGGGAUAUGGCAGUCUGAAGGGGAACUUUUCUGGUUUAAGAUGACAGGGAAGGUUUAUGCUGACACUAGUAGUGAUGUGCUUUCAGCGGACGACAGAAAGACAUGCUAGGACUGAGAUUUCGACGGAGUUCUUGUUCUUGAACAGAAGCGAUGAAUUGGGGAGUGGCAUAUAAUAACGAUGCUGCCUUUUAGACUACAAUAGUGUGAAAACUCUUCCACUGACUUUCCUAAUAAUGCUGUAUUGUCUCGUUCUUAUCGUUGACCAUAUGUUAGCUCUUAUUCUAAUUGGAAACAGGACUUCCCAGACUUUUUCCUACUGCCUUAACAACUAAAAAGCUGCCUGACCCAUAACCUUCACAAACCAUUUAGAGGAACAGGGGUAGCACAGGAGGCAACGCCUAAACUACCAGACAUCCCGUUUCAGUGGCUUCUUUGUUGGAGGAUUUGAUCUUGCUCACCUGUAACAUCUAAGACGUAGCAAAUAUAAAUAAAACGGAAGAAAAUACUCAAGGUGAGUCUGACUGGAAGCACCUUGAUGAGGUUUUCGAAAACAGACCCUUAAUGGGUUGCCCUGUAGCGCGCCACCUAUUGAUUUCAGAGCUCCUCUUACCAAUAGCGCCCUCUCAAGCAGAGGGAAAGUGAGCGUCCUCUUUCUCCUCUACUCCCGAUGUAAAUAUAUCCCCUCCAAGUUUUUACCUCUGAGGAAAAGGCCUGGUCGGCUCUCCCUUUGUGUGCAAAUCCAGAAAGAUCCGCUCUCAGUCUUACGGGACUUCGGCGGAUCAAGUCGGCUCUCUUCCGUUCUCUUUUGUGGCUGUCUGUGGUAUUCAUCCUCCUUCAACAUUUACUCACUUUGCCAUGCUACGACCACAGACUUUUACAUGUUUUUCUGAGAGUUCACAUGAUAAUCCAACACAAGCGGUGUGCAAUUGUGUAGCGGAAGGAAAAUGAUACGUGGCUUUCAAAAACAUUUACUCGUAAAAAAGCCUGCCUUGCAUAUGCACUUGAUCUCCUUUGCAUUGAUAGUGCUAAAUAUAAUCAAGUGCAAUCAGUUGUAUUCAGAAGCCAUGUUGCUAAUAAAUACAGUUUGUCAUUGAACAUCAACACACCAGGAGAAUGUUAAUCAGGGCAACAGUCAAGAUUUAGAAGCUGGCUGAUUUAAGGAUGGUAUGUUGGACCAGAGACGCAUCUAAAAGUUGCCAGACUACAGUUCUUCACCCCUGGUUUAGGUCAAAGUGUAAUCAUAAUGUAAAAACGGGUUUGGAUACUUUCACAAGGCUUCCCUAGAAAACGCGUUGUCUCCCCGUCAGCAUCCCCGCCGUCAGGGUCGGAAAGAACUGCAAAAAAAACAACAAACUGUGACCGCCCUCAUAGCACAAGGUAAGCCCAGUGUAAAUGAAUCUAUCCAGGAGGAUCAGACUGCAUGAAGAUAUCCACUAAGCUAUAUUGAUUAUUUACUGUGCACAGAAAGACAGUUUGCUUUAUACUAAGAAAGCUUCUUACUGGGCUGCAGGCGGAGGAACACAAUGUACAUUACUCAGCUACAAAGCCCUUAGUGUAACAGAGCAUCAAACACUCCGACAAUGAAAUUUAUGGCUCUUUGUAUUGUAUCACUGUGGCCUACUUUUCACCAAGCACUAACAAUACAUCCAGAUGUAGAUUAGUGAGCAUUUUAGGAGGGGUCUUUAGCUUAUUCGCUAAAGGGACUGAUGAAUUUAAUGAACUGAUCAGUGCCGUCAUCAGGAAUGACAUUUUUAGUGUCAGCUAAACGCAGUAACCUAAGGCUGUCAUAAAGGGUCACCAAAACCGGAAAAUAACAGAUUAGAACUUCAUGAUUUGCCCAAUGAGUCUCAGUUUCAAACUGUGAUACUAGAGUAGGAAUUUCCUGGGAUCAACAAUGACGCAUAUCUUCUUUCUUAUUAAUAGGCCAUUGGUAGUGGUGGUGUAAUGGUGUGGGGGUAUUUUUCUUUGAACACACAAGAGCCCUUUGUAGCAACUGACCAUUAGUUAAGCACCAAACCUAAGUAUCUUCUGAUUGGCUGCUACUGGUUUCCUUUACAUGAGAGUGGGUUCCCUGUACUCCAGUGGUCAGAAAGAUCUCAAACCACAGAGGCAGCUUGGAGGAACAGGAGAUUUGCAGCAUGGAUGUACCAGAAAAAGUAGAACUGAUGAGCUCUAAGUUAUGAGAAGCCAAAUGCUUUGCUGGCCAACCCCCGUCUUCAGAGCACACCACGUCCACACCUGGUCACGAUAGCAGUAAGCCAUGCUACUCCUCCACCCUAACAAGAUGCCUGUCCUCCUCCAAACAUUACCGAAGACCAUCUUUAUUGCCACUGAAAUCCAAAAACCCCCUCCAUAGUAGCUCACAGAGCCAAUAUUAAACAAUUUCCCAAGGAAUAGGAGAGGCUGCUGUGAAGGUGCAUGUAGCCAUAUUGGAUGUGGAUCUGAGUCUACACCUGGAACCCACCAAACACUGUGCAAAUCCAGAGGUCAAGUGCUCUGUCCACGUUUCAACAUUUUUCCAUUCUUUAAGUUCAUGCUUCGAGAAACCUUCUACGUGAGUCGCAUGAGAUUGGUGUAUGAUAUCAGGCACAACUUCAAUGCGUCCAGCGUUACAACCUGGAGCCGAGCCUCAGUUGGAAUUGCAAAGGACUGUAGGAAUAUUGGACCAUGUAAAAUAAUAUUUCUUAUCACGUUUGGUGAUGAGGCUGGCAGGAAGAUUUGGGAGAAUGUACUCCACAGUUCUUAGAUUCUCGAUCAGCCAUUGUAAUGCAUUUGACUAAGUUCUUUAUACACAGGUGAGUAACAUAAUUAGCAUACUUGCCUUUCUUUAUCGCUUUUCUAGCUAGUUUUACAAAUUAGUGCAGUUGAUUUAUGUUGGGUUCUUUUAUUUAUGUGUCAUGUUUGCUCUUAAGUGGAUGGAUGUCAAGACGUUUUGAAAAAUGUAGUCUAAUAUAUCUACUAAAGUUGUAUGUAAGAGUAAAUCAUAUCAUAUUAACAUUGCAGAAUACAUGUGAACGGUAACAAGACGGUGUUAUUAAGCUAAACGGACUGUUUGAGUGCCAUAGGGUAGAAGGAAGUGCACUUUUUUACAUAACUUGUUUCCAUAAUAAUUUAAAUAAUAAUAAUAAAGAAGCAAGGGGUGUUACUUGUAAGAUGGAGCUCAUUGGACAUUUCAGUGUUCCUUCAUCAAAAUGUUUCCCUGGAUUCAACUCCGAAUGUUUUUUUUUUGUAUCUAAGGAAACCCGGUUUGACUACUUUGUCACAGAUGUUCAAAUCAUUUCACACCAUGUAUCCCAAUAGAAAUAUUAAAAAGCAUUCACAUGGGAGCUGAUUGGUAACGGGUUUUGUCUUUUGUAUAGCUUAGAUGUUAGAUGUCACCUAACAUGUUGGUUUCUGAUUGAGAUUUGUAACGUUAUUCUGCAAGUGCUGUAACAUAGCAGUUUACUGUUGUUCUUUCAACAAAAGCCUUCACAGUUCUUUUAAGAUGUCUUUUUUUCAGACUCGUAAACCUGAGGAGACAAUGUCGCUGCUUGUAGCUUUUCGUGUUUUUGAGAUCACAUCCACCUUCUCUUCUUUAUAUGUACCUCCUUCUGUAAUACUGUUACAAUCUCACAACGUGACUUCAGAUAAAAAUGCUGAAGAAACUA